CUCGUUACUCUUCCGGGUUCGUGCCUGUUCACUUCCGGGUCACAAUGCUGAUUUGUCAGAUUUCCUGUGCGGUGCAUGGUGGCAUACUUGACAGGAUAGCUGACGGCUCAUUUAGAGAACUCAGCCGAAUAUAUAUUUAUAUUUUUAACCAGCCUUAAACAGAAGUGAAACGACCCGAAAGGGGGGCCAAGUGAACGUCGAGUGACCACGCUGGUUCUUCAUACGCUUUCACCCCCUCUCGGCGUGUGUCAUUCCUGGGGAGGGAAGAAAAAAAAAAAAAAGCUAGCUUCCCUCUUUUGAAAAUGGCGGACGUGUCAAGCGAGAAGAGCCUGGACGACUUCUUCGCCAAACGGGACAAGAAGAAGAAGAAAGACAAGGGCAAGGCCAAGGAGUCCGCCGCCGCCUCCUCGACGGGCCUCAAAAAGACCAAGAAGGAGAAUGAAAAGUCGUCUAAAGGCGACGGGCUGGACGCCAACAUUGAAAAGGAGGACGAAGAAUGGAAGGAGUUUGAGCAGAAAGAAGUGGACUACAGUGGCCUGAGGCUCCAAGCGCUACAGAUAAGUGACGAGAAGGACGAAGAGGACUAUGACGACGAAGAGCAGGAUGAGGACGGGGAGGUCCUCAUCGUCGCGGGCGGUGACAAAAUGUCUGGCCCUUGGAACAAGUCCACUUCUGUUCCAGCUCCGGCUGCGCCGGUUGAGGACGUGGAGACGCCGGAGUCGAAGCCGUCGGGCGUCUACCGUCCCCCGGGCGCUCGCCUCACCUCAUCCAAACGAGGCCACAACCAAGGACCACCGGAGAUCUUCAGCGACGCCCAGUUCCCCUCUUUGAUGGCCACCGGCAAGCACGUGGAGACGCGCAAGGACCGUGAGAUGGAAAAGACGUUUGAGGUGGUAAAGCACAAGGGCCGUGGCCGAGAGGACGGCAAUGCCACUGCCGCCGUGCAGCACCUACAGCUGGAGAACCAGUACGCCGUCCUGGGGGACAAGUAAGACAUGCGCACCGCGCCACCGCCGCAGCCGCCAUUUGGCACACCUCCCCCACCAAACGACCCACCUCCGCCCGAUGAGGAGAAAGGAAGCGAGUGGCGAAACGCCGCCAACUGCUAGUACUACUGCACCCACCAACACACGCACGCAUAUACACACACACACACACAUGCACUUAAUUCUUCACACCCAAUGUUGAUGUGGUUGGGAAGAGGGGACCCCUCGAGGGCGAGACUCAUCAACUCCAAACAAGCUUGGGGCGGCGGUGAGGACUUUGUGGACCACGUGUGUCUCUGGACUUCAUUGAGAUGAUUUUACAAACUUGUGUGUGGUGGGCAUCUAUUUUUCUGCGCUGUGGAGCACGGGGGGUGCGUUUGGGCUUUCAGGAGUACGUGGAUGAGGGAACACGACCUCGACCACACGGACUCUGCUUCGUCCCCCCCGACCCCUCAACCCCACCCCCGGUAAAUCCUGCUCCUGUCGCGGCAAACGGGAUACGAGCUGUCGGGGUGAUUAGCGCGCAAAGCGUCACCGCGGAGACUCGUACCUUUCCCUAAUAAAGUGGCCUUACGGAUACAAACGGCUCGGUCAUCCCAGGAGGACUCGCUGCUCGUCGGAAGCGCUAGAGGUAUAAAUAUAUAUACUUGAACUCCCCACGAAAGGAGGAAGAAGAAAACACACCAAUUGAUGUAGUUUGGAAGAUUUCAACUGUUUCUCAUAUCAACUGUUUAGUUUUUCAGCCAUUUCAUUAUCAUCAUCAUUAGAUCAACGCCGGCUUGAAUGACACUUCCUUUAUGUUACACCGAAAAAAGGUAAACCAUUGAAAUGCAUUUUCUGCAGCUGAUUUCAAAUGAUGGCUUUCAUAAUUUAAAAAAAAAAAAUUCAACUCAGUUACCACAGUUGUCGCAGUUUUGCAAGUAAAUUGACGAGGAAUGAGUGUGUAUUUGUGGUGGGGGGGGGUCAAUUUCAUAAAAAUGAUUCAAUUGCUUGGAUACUUGUGUGUGUGCAGUGGAAGUAGAAAAUGUUUGAAGAUGAGAGCCAACUUAAAUAAAAGUGCUAAUUAUGA